GCGACGUUGGCUAGUUAUAGCGGGAGUUGCUGUCGAUCGACACUUGCGGGAUUUUGAGUAGAUUCACGUAGAUAGUUGAGCGGAUCGGAGCGGAUAGGAGAGGAGAGGAGAGAGUGGAGUUGGUUACGAUUUGUGUGGUUUCUGGUUGAGGAGCAAUGAUAGGGGUUGGCAGGGCGAAGCAGAACUUGAAUGUGGUUGACAGGCCCCUCGGGAAGGGCAAAUCUGAGGUAAGCCUCAGUGCGUUUGCAUUCUUGUUUUCAGAGCUGGUGCAGUACAACCAAGGAAAAGUUGAAAAUAUUGCAGAAUUGGAACACAGGUUGGAAGAGGCUGGAUUCGGAGUUGGUAUCCGUAUGCUUGAGUUGCUGUGCCACAGAGAUAAGGCUAACAGGAGGGAGACGAGAGUUCUAGGCAUCCUUUCAUUCGUUCACAGCACAGUUUGGAAAUCUCUUUUUGGGAAGGUGGCAGAUUCUUUAGAAAAGGGCACGGAACAUGAAGAUGAGUACAUGAUCAGUGAGAAGGAGCUUCUUGUUAACAGGUUUGUUUCAGUUCCAGGAGGUAUGGGAGGUUUCAAUUGUGGCACAUUUGUAGCGGGUAUUGUGAAGGGAGUGUUGGAUGGAGCUGGCUUUCCUGCAAGAGUAACAGCUCAUUUUGUUGCCGUGGAGGGCCAAGCGCGGCCCCGCACAACUAUAUUAAUAAAAUUUGCUGAAGAGGUUGUGCAGCGAGAUGCCCGUCUUGCCUGAAGGCAACAUCUGGGAGCUUCGUCAAGCCUUUGAAUAUUUAUGAUUAAAUAGCAUUGGUCUUAAUUGAACGGAAUUUUUUUUGCUUGAGAUUUGAUACUCAAUACUUAAAAAGCUUUUCUCUAGCGCUGAUUUUCUUAGUUCCUAGGGAGCUGCUACGUAUUUGAGUGAAGCCUCAAUCUGCUCUAUAUCAUUAAAAAGGGCUGAACAGGCUCAACGUUCAAUCUUUUAUACCAUAAUGUGCUUGCGUAAUUUU